AUGACAGACCCCACAACUGAGCCCUCCGAGCCAAGGAGCUCGGAGAACACCCAAGCUCGCCAUUAUUGGAGAAGACCCGAGCCUAUGUCGCUAUCAGAUGGAACUAAGCUCUCUUCGCCAAAUCCUGCGUCUCCCUUGAUGAUUCCGAAAACAGACACGCAGCAUAAAGCGGAGGAAGAGGAACACGAUCAGGUGAAUGACCUGCCACCUCUGCAGGACACCGAGGAAACCAUCACAAAAAAUAAAUCCAAAGCGCGUGCAGGACAAGCUAGCGGCUACCCGGAGGAUCGGACGACAUCCGGGGAUGCUAUCUCUGGUGAUAAUCCUGGCUUGCUGAUGCCUCGAAGAAUGAAUGAGACGACCGAGGGACCGCAAACAUCCGGAAGUAGGAAGCCGCAACCGCCACUGCCAGCCGCGAGCCGCCGUCCGAGCGUUCAAUUUACUCCAGACCCUCCCGAAGUCGACCCUCUCACUGAGCUACCCAGUUCCAGGCCGCCAUCAGUAAAGGGGGAUGACGCAGAUCUGGGUUUGAGAGGAAAACAGUCUCUACUCACGAAGUUGAAAUCAUUCGCAGCCUCACCCUCCUUCGUUUCGCACUCGCGCUCAGCUAGUGGCGCAACCCUGAGCGAUUUCAGAGCCACCAACAAUGAUCUAGCAACCCCGGGUUCGGAACGGGGCGCCUUUCGUUUCCCAAACACCUUGGAAGAAGAGGGAAGCGACAUUGAUGCCGAUGCGGAGGAGAGCGCAGGGGAGAAUCGUGCCCACCAGCCAAAGAAGAAGAAGAAACAACGCCGGCGUCAAAAAGAUGAGUCGGCCUCGCAAACGCAGCCAAAUACACCAAAGGCUACUACUCGUCCGUCGUUUCACUUGCCCAGCUCAUUUGCACCCUUUGAGAAUUACCGGUCGAAUUUCUUCCCGCGCCGGGGGAGCACUGGUAAUUUUAUCCCGCAGCAGCGGGAGGGAGUUUCGGAAGAUGAGGGUCGUGACCGGUUGAACAGGGAUACGGCAUGGAGGCGAAGAAGUGUCUGGCUUGCGAAUGCGAGAGGACUUACUUAUGGCGGACGUCAGCUGGACACUCCAACGAACCCCGACGAGAGAAGACCGAGCAACCUCAGAAGACUGACCGGGCUGGCUGGCCCAUCUGACAACGCCGAGGGUACCGCGCCACCUUGGCGGCGCCACCGGGCUGAUCGGGGUUCUAGCCUGAGCGCUCAAAAAUGGCGUCAGAUCAAAGCUGGACUCAAGCUGAUUGGGCAGAGACGCAAGGUGGAUAAUACUGUCGAUCAUGCAAAAUCAGCAGAACUUCUGGCAGAACUUACGUCCGGGGUGCCGGCCGCCCUCAUUCUAGCCAGCAUGUUCCAGAGGGACGAGCAUGGAAGCAAGCGCAUUCCAAUUUUACUCGAACAGCUCAAGGUGCGGGUCACCGAUAGCAAGAUUGAUUCACACUCCGGCGACCGCCAUCUGGUUUUUCGUAUCGAGCUCGAGUACGGAAGUGGAAUGACACGGAUGAAGUGGAUUAUACACCGUACCCUAAGAGACUUUGCCAAUAUCCAUCUGAAGUACAAGCUGCACUUUGGAACGCAGAAGUACAUUCAAUUACGGAACACUGAAGGUGGACACAACCUCCCGCGCUUUCCGCGCAGUGCGUUUCCUUAUCUUCGAGGUGUGCGCGGCUUAGAAAGUGACAUGGAAGAUGAGGAGGACGAUGGUGGAUAUGAGACGGCGGCAGAGGUAACAAGCGGCAACGAAAGGGGCGGUAAGAAGCAGCAUCAGCAAUUAUCGCGGCGCCCAUCUGGCGCCAUGUCUCGAAGACAGUCGAGUGCGACAAUCCCAGAUGGAGAGAAUCCGGCAGGCUCAUCCGGGCCGGUAGAAGCUGGGUUCGCUAACAAGAGAGAGACUUACCCGGAGAGGCAACGAAAGAAGCUGGAAUCGUACCUACAGAAGCUAAUCCGGUUUCUUAUCUUUAAGCCAGAUAGCAACCGCCUGUGCAAAUUCCUCGAGCUUUCGGCACUAGGUGUCCGUCUUGCCGCUGAAGGGAGUUAUCAUGGCAAGGAAGGAUAUCUUGUUAUCCAGUCGUCCAAAGGCCUUGAUUUCCGGAGAGCCCUGACUCCAGGCAUGGUAAAAAAACGCCACUCCCCCAAAUGGUUUCUUGUGAGGCACAGCUACGUCGUAUGCGUCGAUUCGCCGGAGGAGAUGAAUAUUUAUGAUGUGUUCUUGGUAGAUCCCUUUUUCAAACUCCAGACUCAGAAGGCUAGCUUGCGCAACCAGAAGGCAAAGGACUUUGCCAAGUCUGCAACGGAGUCAGCUCGACACCCGCAGCAUCACACUCUAAGACUCGAGAACUCGGAGCGAAAGCUCAGACUGCUGGCCAGGAAUGAGCGGCAACUCCACCAAUUCGAGGACUCAAUACGGUUCAUGGUCAAUAACACCCCCUGGGCGAGACCGAACCGAUUUGAGAGCUUUGCUCCUGUACGGCAGAAGUGCUUCGCGCAAUGGUUGGUGGAUGCGCGUGAUCACAUGUGGGUUGUGUCCCGCGCGAUCAACCAGGCUAAAGAUGUCAUCUAUAUUCAUGACUGGUGGCUCAGCCCUGAGCUCUACAUGCGUCGACCGGCCGCUAUCAGCCAGAAAUGGCGCUUAGACCGUCUGCUACAGCGUAAGGCGCGUGAAGGUGUGAAGAUUUUUGUGAUCAUGUAUCGAAACAUCAACUCCGCCAUUCCAAUCGAUUCGGAGUACUCCAAGUUCUCUCUACUCGAUCUACACCCGAAUGUCUUUGUUCAACGUUCGCCCAAUCAAUUCCGGCAGAACACCUUCUUCUGGGCACACCAUGAGAAGCUAUGCAUUAUCGACCACACUCUGGCCUUUGUUGGGGGUAUUGAUUUGUGUUUCGGAAGAUGGGACACGCCUCAACAUCUCUUGACGGAUGAUAAGCCAACGGGCUUCGAGACACGGGAGGGACCAAAGGACGCGGAUCAUUGCCAGCUCUGGCCCGGCAAGGACUACUCGAACCCUCGGAUACAAGAUUUCUACGAUCUCGACAAACCGUACGAAGAGAUGUAUGAUCGGAAUAUCAUUCCCAGGAUGCCUUGGCAUGAUAUCUCAAUGCAUGUAGUGGGUCAGCCGGCUCGAGACCUCACGCGCCAUUUUGUCCAAAGGUGGAAUUACAUCUUGCGCCAGCGAAAACCAACCCGUCCAACGCCAUUCUUACUCCCGCCUCCUGAUUUCGAUGCGGCUGAUCUGGAAGCUCUCGGUCUUGAUGGGACCUGCGAAGUCCAGAUUUUACGUUCUAGUAGCAUGUGGUCGACAGGCACACCGGACACAACCGAACACAGCAUCAUGAACGCCUACGUGAAACUGAUUGAGGAAUCCGAUCAUUUCGUAUAUAUUGAGAACCAGUUUUUCAUCAGCACCUGCGAGAUUGACGGUAGAAAAAUCGAGAAUCUGAUCGGGGACGCAUUGGUAGAGCGCAUCACGCGGGCUGCAAAGAACAAAGAAGCAUGGCGUGCCGUGAUUGUCAUUCCAUUGAUGCCUGGUUUCCAGAACACGGUUGAUAGCGAGGGUGGAACUAGCGUCCGCCUUAUCAUGAUGUGCCAAUAUCGCAGUAUCUGUCGUGGUGAGACGUCAAUCUUUGGACGGUUACGAGCAUUGGGAAUCGAGCCUGAGGAUUACAUUCAAUUCUUCAGCCUCCGGUCAUGGGGAAAAAUCGGUCCGCAAAAACAGCUCGUGACUGAGCAGCUGUACAUUCAUGCUAAAUGUAUGGUCGUUGAUGAUCGCGCGGCUAUCAUCGGUUCCGCGAAUAUCAACGAACGGUCGAUGCUCGGAUCACGCGACUCUGAAGUUGCGGCGGUUGUUCGCGAUACGGACAUGAUAUGGUCUAGCAUGAACGGCCGUCCCUACCUUGUGGGCCGUUUCCCGCACACCCUUCGCAUGCGCCUUAUGAGAGAGCAUCUUGGUGUCGAUGUCGAUGAGCUGAUGGAACAUUCUUUGGCGACCGAGGAAGAGCUACUAAGGAUUCAAAUUGCCGAAGAGGGGUCCAAGCCAUCUGAUAUCAACGAGGCGCCUGACUCCGAGUCUCUCAUGCUGGAGAAGAGGGACGAGAGAGACAUGAUUGAACGCCGCCACCGCAUUCAGGAUGAGUUUCUCUCUCGUUCGGAAGACAUGCACAGUUUCAACCAUGACGUAGACUGGGAGCAGGGGAACAACCCCAAUCUCAAGUCGAAUAGGAAGCUCACUGCAGACCCGAGGGUAACCUCUAACCCAGAACACAAGAAAGAUGUGGAUGGUCUCGGGCCAGACCAUUUGCAAGUGGCUCAGGAGGCAGGCCUCGAAAAGGGUCGAGAUUCCGAGAUCCUGGAGGACAAGGCCGAGGUUCUGAUUUCGCCUAUUGCAUCGGAGGGUAAAGGCACGCUGCAACAACCUAAACCCAAACGUCCUUCACAACGCACUGUGCGGCAUACCAACCCUCAUGGCACGAACGAUGCCAGACAGGCACAUUCUAAUCUAGUCGCACAGGGCAUUGAAUGUGCACACGUUGUUGAAGGCGCGCCAAAUAUUCGACACCCAGCGCUAGCUCCGGAGCACGAGACAGAAACCAGCAACAGCGGCAAUUUGACGGCUUCACGAGACAUUGGUGACAACGCCAAGUCUUACCUGUACGCUCCUGAGGUGAAGCAUAUAUUCAUCGACAAAGAUUGUAUGAGGGACCCUAUACUUGAUCUCUUUUACUUGGAUACCUGGUCUGCCGUCGCCGAAAAGAACACCAAGGUCUUUCGUAGUGUUUUCCGCUGCAUGCCUGAUAGCGAGGUGAAAUCCUGGAAGGAAUAUAAAGAGUACACCGCUUAUGGGGAUCGAUUUGCUGAAAUGCAGAACCAACACGGCGCCAAGGUUCCGCAGCCUUCGAGUCAGCGACAAACCGGACCCCCAGGCACAGCUGCCGGCUUCCCUGGAGCAGCUGCCGGAAUCAAGCACAGUCUGGCAUCACACAGCCACGGUACCGAGGCCCAUAAGGUGGAACGCAAAGAGCAAACCACCGUCGAGAAACCAGGAAAUUGUGAGAGUGGAUCGGUACAGGGCUCGAACGAGCAAGAACAUGAGACGGCGAAUCAUGAAGGACUGUCACCUAUAGAUGAAAAGUCUGCCCUAAAAGCAGCCGACGGCUCAGCAUCCCGGCGGGUGCAGAAUGGACGGACCGAGGAUAGCGGCUCCUCUGGAGAGGACGUCGAGAAACACCGGUCAGAUCGCCCUGCCAUCGAGUAUUCUGACGCAUUGAACAGAAACGCUACCGGUCAGUCGCGGCGGCGGAGACGACGAGCAACAACACUCGGGUCGAAGCGUGACUUCCAUGCGGAAGAAGUGAUGGACAAACAGCGAGCGGAAGACUUGUUGAAUCAGGUUCAGGGUCAUCUUAUUCUCUGGCCUUACGACUGGCUUGAAAAAGAAGAACAAGGCGGGAACUGGCUAUAUACAUUAGACCAAAUAUCCCCACUGGAAAUCUAG